AUGCUUCGUGAGGAAAGGAUGGAGGAGUUCGAGACUGUGGAGGACGAGCCGUGGUACGACCAACGGGACCUGGAGCAGGAUCUCCACUUGGCUGCUGAGCUGGGUAAGACUCUGCUGGAGCGUAAUAAGGAGCUGGAGGAUGCUCUACAGGGCAUGUACAUCAACAACGAGGAGCAAGUGCAGGAGAUAGAGUAUCUCUCUAAGCAGGUGGAGAUGCUGAGAGAUAUGAACGAGCAGCAUGCCAAGGUGUACGAGCAGCUGGACGUGACGGCCCGAGAGCUGGAGAUCACUAACGAGAAGCUGGUCCUGGAGAGCAAAGCAUCGCAACAGAAGAUAGACCGUUUAACAGGUACUAUGGAGACUCUGCAGUCCCAGGUGGAGUCCCUGACGGGUCGUGUGCAGGAGCUGCGCUCACUAGAGGAGCUGAGGGUGCGACGCGAGAAGAAGGAACGCCGCAAGACUGUCAGCUCAUUCCCCUGCCUUAAGGAGCUGUGCACCGCACCCAGGUACGAGGACGGCUUCCUGGUGGCAUCAGCGGGUGACGUGUGUGUGCCGGAGCGCCGGCCUCUGGAGCAGGAGAAUGAUCGCUUGCGUGCGGCCAUGACGUCGCUAAGGGCGUUGCUAGGGGCGGAGCGAGGCCGGCGGGAGGAGGCGGAGCGAGAGUGUUCCGCCGUGGUGGCAGAGUUCCAGAGAUUGGAGCAGCGCCUCCUGGGGGCCGAGGGCUGCGCUCUACGGGUGCAGGAGUUAGAGGCUGAGCUUCGUGAGAUGCAGGCUCUGCGUAAGUCCCGCCUCUGCUUGACGGGUAUCUCCUCCAGUUUCGAGGGGGAGGAGCCUCUGGAGCACACGCUGCUAAACCACGCCCCCGAGACCGACACCCCCGCCGAGGGGGCGGAGACUUCCGGAGGGGGAGGGGGCGACUCGGGGGGCGUUCCCGUACGCAAGAGCUGCAGUGACACAGCCCUGUCUGCCAUCUCCAGCCGCGACGCCUGCGGACGACCACGUGGCAGCUACGCCCUGCAUGCUAACGGGGUGCGCCGGCGGGGCAUGUCCAUCCUGCGCGAGGUGGACGAGCAGUACCACGCGCUCCUGGAGAAGUACGAGGAGCUGCUGGCCAAGUGCCGUCGCCACGACGACGACCUGUGCCACGCCGAGGUGCAGACCUCGCGGCCCGUCUCCCGCGACCCCUCCAUGCGCCACUGCUCCAGCGCCAACGCCCACGUGCCCGCCACCACGCACUCCCCGCCACACACCCCCUCCACCCCGGAGGCCCUUGAGGGCAUCAGCAGGCAGGUGGAGGCCGUGGAUAAGCGGCUGGGCCGCGACACGCCCGAGUACAAGACCCUCUUCAAGGAGAUCUUCUCACGCCUGCAGAAGACCAAGGGCGACAUCAACACGCCGGGGGGCACCUCUAGGGGGCGCAAGGCCAGCAAGUGA